AGCUUCGGCGCCUCAGGUGCUUGCUGGACCAGGCAAGUGGGGGAUGCUUGCUCUUCUUGCUUCCCCUCCUGCACCGUCCCAUUGCGAGCUUUGCCGUGAGAUCUCCUACUCCGUUUUCUUCUCGUCUACUUCUUUCUUCUUCUGAGUCUUUCCUUUGCCGAGUGCGAUUCUUCCGAAUUCCCCUUCUGCUGGUUGGGUUUCGCCGAGUGCGAUUCUGGUGAGAUACGCUCCUCUUGGUUCCACACUAGGGGUAGCUCCCUAUGACAUCAGGAUUUUGGUCUCGCGGUUUGGAAUUUGGUUUUUGAGACAACAUGCGUACAGUUGCUUGUUUGAUCGUGGUGGUUGUGUUAAUGGCGUCUUUAUCGGGAGGAAAUGCCAACCAUGGCCGAAUUGGCAUCCACUCAGCCCUUGAUGGGCGCUGGCCCGAUCUCGUGGGACGAGAUGCUGAGGAAGCGAAGACUCACAUUUUGUCAGAGAGACCCUAUCUUAAUGUGAGGAUUGUUCCUACAGACAUGAUGGUGACUAUGGACUACAACGAGAACCGCGUGAGGCUCUUUGUAGACGAUGAGCGUAAGGUUGUGAAGUGUCCGACAAUUGGCUGAAUAGUUGAACAUAUCGUAUUUGACGAAUCUUCUUGGUUCGUCUGAGGUCUAAACUGGAAACAGGCCGCUCAAAGCUACAGCUUUGAUAUGGAAUACAGUUCUUUUGUUCGUAUUGUUUUCAGUUAACGCACUGCCGAAGAUUUUACUGAACUUGCGAGUCCAACUUUUGUACAGGCAAAUUUUCCUGUUAAUUGAACGUUGUCGCAUUUUUUUUUU